GCAUCGCUUUCACAGUUGAACCUCACCAAAAAAUGCCUGAAAAGCAAAGCUAUAAAAGUCUUCUUCUUCUUCGUCUACUACUGUUGCUGAUCAUUUCGUUUCAUUUCCACACGACGUCGUUUUCCCCUGUCAUAAACCUACGCGCCUAUUUUGUCCUCCUCCUUCUUCUGUUUUUUCCAAAUUCUAAGCAACUGUUAAAAAUUGCUGGCUUUGUUGAUCAACAGUAGAUAAGUUAAUUAGCUUAUGAUCAGAUGAGUUUGAAGUGAUUAAGCUGAAUCUGAGGCAGUGUUGUCAAAGGCGCGCUUAAGCCCUGAAGCGAGACUCAAAACAUGUUGAGCGCUUCGCGUCGCUUAGCGGGCGCUUCAGUUUUGCCAUCAAGGCUAAAAAUUGGGGAAGGCUAACAUGUAAUUCACACGUCAGGAGGGAUUAUCGGUCAAGUAAGAAGAUUGACCUACUAAAGUCCGGAUUGAAAUGAACUGCAGCUGCUUUGGUGCCUCAACGGUGCGGAAGAAAAGGGGUGUUGAUCAUGUUCAUAAAGAUGCACCAGACACUGGAGGCUGCUCCACUGCAAAGACAAAGAAAUUUUCAUAUAGUGAAUUAAGAAUAGCAACCAACAACUUCCAUCAAAGGAACAAAAUAGGGCAAGGAGGUUUUGGGACAGUAUACAAGGGAACUCUAAAAAGAGGAAUAGAAGUUGCUGUGAAGACACUUUCUGCCGAAUCAAGGCAGGGGUUGCGUGAGUUUUCGACAGAAAUUGAAACCCUAUCAGAUGUCAGACAUCCCAAUCUAGUUGAGUUGAUUGGAUACUGUCUUGAUGGAACUAACCGGAUCUUGGUCUACGAAUACAUAGAAAAUAGGAGCCUUGAUCGAGCACUGUUUGGUUCUAGGACUAGCAAUGUUAAAUUAGAGUGGGACACACGGGCCGCUAUUUGCUUGGGUACUGCUAGAGGUCUUGCUUAUCUACAUGAAGAAUUAGUGCCGCAUAUAGUGCACAGGGACAUUAAAGCUAGUAAUAUACUGCUUGAUAAGGAUUAUAAACCAAAAAUUGGAGAUUUUGGACUUGCAAAGCUUUUUCCAGAUAAUAUCACUCACAUCACCACGCAGAUAAAAGGAACCACUGGCUAUCUGGCACCCGAAUAUGUAAUAGGCCGUCAAUUAACAUCCAAGGCUGAUGUUUACAGUUUUGGGGUCCUAGUACUUGAAACAGUAAGUGGCAGGAGCAGUGGCAGUGGUGCAUGGCAAGGGCAGAAGUUACUCCUGGAAUUGGCCUGGCAGCUCUAUGAAGAGGGAAAGCUUUUGGAAUUAGUUGAUCCAGAACUGGGAGAUUUUCCAGAAAAAGAAGUCAUCAAGUACAUUAAAGUAGCUCUCUUUUGCACACAAGAAAAUGCAAAUCGAAGACCAAUGAUGAGCCAGGUUCUUGAAAUGCUCACAAGAAACAUCAAGCUAAAUGAGAACGAACUCACACCACCGGGAUUUUUCCAAGAUUCAGGCGGGCCUAGUGGUACGCAAUCAAAGCUGAAGUCAUCUGAAAGCAGUACAAGUUAUCAAAUGAGUUCUGUCCCCCUUACAAUCACUCAGGUGAUCCCUAGAUAAUCAACUUAUCAAUAGUGAAUGGCACCUGAACAUUUCAUCCAGGAUGAGUUGACAGCUUUAGUUUUACAAAAGAAGAGUAAUUUAGGGAAGAAAUUAUUGCCAGCGGGCCUUUGGUUCACAGGUUCAAUGAUAAGGACGCAACACGUGAUUAUGUGUGGUUAGGCACACGUCAUGAGUUUGACCCUGCCGCGAACAAGCCUAGUAUUUAAGUUGGGAAGAGGGUAGAGUGCAUGCCUAUAGUCCCCGGAGUUGCAAAUAUCUGCACCAAAUUGGAGUUGGGGCAGAAACCAUAGGGAAUUUCUUAGUGUAAAGAAAUAUUAGGAAGAUAUUAUUUCAAUAAAUCAUGUUUCUAUUUUUUGUUCUAAUUAUCUGGUUUUAUCCUUAAAGUAACUCGUGUUGUCAUCAAUCUACAUUGUCCAAAACUUUCUUCUUUCCUUUUACUGAGAGUGAACAUGGUUUGGAGGCUAACAGUCUCUUGUAUCUACUAAAAUGAUCAGACAAGUCAUACUGUAAAACUUCUAAUCUAUUUUUAGAUCUCUUUUACA